CCCCGAGAGCAGGUCCUACCAGCCCAGCCCAGCCCAGCCCAGCCCACAGCAGGCAGCGGAAGCCAGUUUGGGGCCACUGCAGAACAACAGGAGCACAGGUCUCCACUGCUGACGAAGCUGUGACUGAAAGCACCCAAUCCUUGGCAACCUCUCUUCCUGCAGCCAUAGCCCACAUUCCCAUGCCCUGCCUCUGCUUGCUUCGGACUGUCUCUGUACAGCCUCCGGGUCCCCCAUCCUGGAGGUGAACGCCGUGCUCAGACCCUGGUGUGCCCCAUGAUGCCGCCAGCCUAGCUCCCCCUCCCAGUCUGGCACCAUGUUGGCCAACUCCUCAGCCAACACCUCUUCUACCAACAGCUCUGUUCUCCCGUGCCCCGACUACCGGCCCACCCACCGCCUGCACAUGGUGGUCUACAGCCUGGUGCUGGCGGCCGGGCUACCCCUCAACGCGCUGGCCCUCUGGGUCUUCCUGCGCGCUCUGCGCGUGCACUCGGUGGUGAGCGUGUACAUGUGCAACCUGGCGGCCAGCGACCUGCUCUUCACCCUGUCGCUGCCCGUGCGCAUCUCCUACUACGCACUGCACCACUGGCCCUUCCCGGACCUCCUGUGCCAGACGGCGGGGGCCAUCUUCCAGAUGAACAUGUACGGCAGCUGCAUCUUCCUGACGCUCAUCAACGUGGACCGCUACGCCGCCAUCGUGACUCCCCCGUUACUGAUUGAGGCGUAUGAUGGAGGCAAGAUGUGGGAAAUGCGGAGUCCUCACCUCGUGUCUUGGAGCUACCCCAGUUAA